AUGGAGCUGAUAAAGGAUGCGAUAACACCCUUUCACGAACAGACCGUUGGAUUCGCAGGGGAACGUGUUGACACCCGGGGAUACCUCGACCUGAGGACCCUCUUGGGCAUCGGUGACAAGUCCAGAGAAAUCCGUGUGCGCUUCAUACUGGUCGAAGCCAACACUUCAUAUAACGCUCUUCUAGGGCGUCCCUGCCUAAACGCUUUCGGAGCGAUCGUAUCGACUCCUCAUUUGGCGAUGAAGUUCCCGUCCGAAUGCGGCGAAAUAUGCACCGUUCGCGCAGAUCAGAAAACUGCUCGGCAAUGUUACAUCGCUUCCUUAAAAGCCACAACUUACAGAAAAGAGAGAAGGCCUGAAGCUAUCCUGGUCGACCUAGACCCUAGAACCAACACAGAUGAUCGGAUUCAACCCCAGGGAGAGAUUAAACCGUUUGUCCUGGGGAAGAAUGCCGAGCAAACUACUAACAAAGGGGCUGAUCUCACUCCCGUCGAAGAGAACAACCUAACCACACUACCGCGGUCCAAUAAUCAACUAUUUGUGUGGAGCGCCUCAGACAUGCUAGGGAUCCAUCCCAGCGUUAUCACGCAUAAAUUAUCCAUAUUUCGAGAAGCUCGACCAAUAGUGCAAAAGAAGAUAAGGCUCGGCACCGAAAAAAGGGUGGCCGUACAGAAGGAAGUUGACAAACUGGUCAAAGCUGGAUUCAUCUGGGAGAUAACGUACACCACUUGGUUGGCGAAUGUGGUCAUGGUGAAAAAGGCGAACGGUCAGUGGCGAAUGUGUGUAGAUUUCAUUGAUCUCAACAAAGCUUGUCCCAAGGACAACUACCCCCUUCCCAGCAUUGAUCGACUUGUAGAUGGCGCCUCUGGACAUACUGUCCUCAGUUUUCUAGACGCAUACUUCGGGUAUAACCAGAUUCCGAUGUAUGCUCCCGACCGAGACAACACGGCUUUCAUCACUGAACAAGCCAAUUACUGCUACGAGGUAAUGCCAUUUGGCCUGAAAAAUGCGGGCGCAACUUAUCAGAGACUCAUGGAUAAAAUCUUCCACAAUCAAAUUGGGCGGUGCAUGGAGGUUUAUGUGGAUGACAUGGUGGUAAGAAGUUGUUCCCAUCAACAACACUUGAAGGAUCUAACAGAAGUCUUCCACCAACUCAAGCAGUACGGUUUACGCCUGAAUCCAUCCAAAUGCACGUUCGGGGUGUCGGUCGGUAAAUUCCUAGGUUUUAUGUUAACAAAUCGAGGAAUUCAGGCCAACCCGGAUAAAUGCCGAGCAAUUCUCGAGAUGCGAAGUCCAACCAAGUUGAAAGAGGUUCAAUGCUUAGUUGGAUGCCUCACCGCUCUGUCACGGUUUAUACCGAAGCUCUUCGACCAUAUCAAGCCGAUACUCAAAAACAUGAAGAAACAUGUCCCUCGACAUUGGGACGACCAAUGUGAGGCGGCCUUCUCCGCCAUAAAGAACAUAUUGACCAAUCCGCCCAUCAUGAGCCGUCCGACAGAAGGGUUUGACUUACAACUAUAUUUGUCCGCAUCCAGCCAUUCGAACCUUGCAGGGGGCCGGAGAACGAUACUCUCAGGUGGAGAAAGUAGCAUUGGCCCUACUAACAGCGGCAAGACGACUCUGCCCGUACUUUCAAAGCCACCAAGCUCCAUCAAGGGCCAACACUUAGCAGAUUUCGCAGCAGAACUACCCCCGCCGGCAGAACCGUCCGUGUGGAAUUUGAACGUAGAUGGAUCCUCAGACAAAAGAGGAGGAGGAGCUGGUAUAGUACUGGAGGAACCGAACGGUCUUCUUGUCGAGCAAGCAAUAUCCUUCACAUUCCAGCUCAGUAACAAUCAGGCAGAAUACGAAGCCUUAAUCAGCGGACUACUCUUUGCUGCCGAGCUGGGCAUUGAACACUUAGAAUGCCGAAUGGAUUCCCAACUAGUUGUGGGGCACAUUAACGGAACCUUCCAGGUCAAGGACAAUCAUUUAUUACGUUACUAUCACAAAGUCAGCGACCUCAUUAAAGUGUUCGCCACUUUCAAAAUCACCUAUGUACCCAGGGCGCAAAAUUUCCGAGCGGAUUUACUUUCCAAACUUACACAUGCCCGAGGAAACUCCCAACUCACUUCAGUAAUCAAAACCAUGCUGGAACAGCCUCUUUUAGAGACCUGCUCUACCAGCGUCAUUCCUUCCAAGGUUGACUGGCGGCAAGAUAUAAUACAGUUGGUGAUUCAGCAAGAACAGGGUACACUACUGACGUUUUACAUUUAUAGGAGAUGA